UGAGGGAUACGUCUGUGUUGAAUGCGCCAUGAUCACGAAUUGAUAUCGUCCUCGACGACGCUACUAACAGGUAUUUUGUACUUUUAUCAUUAUGUCGAGUCGGUUUGGGAUAAAAAAAAGGAAAAGAUUUAAAAAAAAAAAAAAAAAAUUCGCCCGCGAAUUUCUCGAGGUUCAAGUCGCGAGUGAAUGUUUUGGAAGAGAUUGGUCCAAUUGUCUUCCUGCUGCGGUGAUUUGUGCUGGUCUUAUUUUUUGUUUUUUUGCCUUUGUCUCUAUUAUGUCUGCUGAACAGUCUGCCUUACACCAAGCUUUAGACGAGUCCUGUAUCUUUACCAGUAUACCUAGCGAGAAUACCCUUUUAGCAUCCUGGUGAUGAAUGAAUUAAUUUGAAGGGUGAAAGCUACUGGCGUGGUCCUAUGAAUUUACUUAUUUGUUAUUUGCUAUUU